AUGAAGCAGGAAGAACCGCCAGCGCCAAUAUCUAAGCACACGGGCAAGGAUCUUAUUAAGGACCCCGAUCUCAAAAACCGCAUCCGCACUGUCAUCGCGGACGCGGUAAUGGAUUCCAAUAACGGUAGCGACGCGUUGAUUAAGCAAAUGUGGGACUACAACCGCCGCCGGAAGUACGACAUUAUGCUCACGUCGGCCGUGUAUAUCCAGUUGAACCGAGCCAAGAUCGCAUUGUCUACUUCGACUUCUUCACGAAUAAGAAGGGAGAUCGCAAGUUUAAUCGAGCUCAGCUCACUCCCCAGCACAUCCAAUCAGGUUCAAAAAGGGGACAAAACUGGGAAUAUCAUGAAAACUUCAUGGGGACUUUUGCAUGUAGUUUAUACCGCUCACUAUACCAUUGCUUUCGCGGAUGCCCCGAAAGGUGCCUUUCAGCCGCUUCCUCCGGGCUGAUAAUGUGCGCUUAAUCAGGAGUAGUCGAGGCAAUUAGUGGCACCGGCGAAGUAACGACCUACUAUUGCUAAAUAUAUUAGUAAGGCAAUAUGAAUCAUAAUUUAUA